GGGGGGAUAUAAAGGAGCCUGAGAGGCGGAGGAAGAAGGAAGGAAGGAAAGGAGGGAAGGAAAAAAGAGAAAUGGCAAGUUUCGGAAAACUCACCGACUACUUCAACCGCCGCAAGUCUCGAGAAGAGCUGCGGGUGGGGAGAAGCUCGCGGCGCAGUGGCAGCUACUGCUGCACAGUGGCAGAGGCCAGGUCUCUGGAAAGGAAGCUGCAGCGACCCCUACUGGCCAAGUCGCGUACGCUCCCCAGCAUCCCCCAGUCUCCAACCGUCUCCAGGGUCCACCACUCAGACUUGAUUGGUGGGAGUCCGCCCCGCAGGAAAAACCCUCCACCUGCCACCAGCCAAUCACAGGCCUGCACCCUGCCCCCUGCAGGAGAGCUGUGGCGAUUGGAGGACGACGUGGAGGGAGACGACGAGACGGAGCAGAGCGGCGGCACCGAGGCCCGGCCGCGCUCCCAGUCGCCGUUCUCCCACUUCCGGGCGCGGGCCGCCUACCUCCGUAAGAGCAUGUCGGCCGACGACCACCUGGACAUGGGCCUGGACUACGGCUCAGCCAAGACGGCGCGCAGCAACAAGGGCAAGCUCAAGAGGAAAUUUAGUUUGGGCUCCGCAGACCGAAAAGAAAACCAGCAAAAGAGAUCCGAGUCGGGAAUCUCCAAAUUGACUCAUCGUCUCUCCCUGAAAGAGCGACCAGCCAAAGCAGAGAAGACGUCGUCAGACAGACCGUCUUCCUACAGAAGACGAUCUCUAAGUGUGGACUGGGCCGAUUCUGCCAAGAUGACGCAGCCCAUGCGAGGGGACCAGGUCCACCAGCCGGCAUCGGCUCGCAAGUCCUCCAGCCUGUCCUCGCCGAGCGCAGCUCGCCGGCUCUACCGCAACUUAUCUGGAAAGUUUCGUGUGGGCACCAACCCCCCCGCUCUGGAGGACAGCGUGGUGUCGGCGCGGGGAGGAGACAAGGAGAGGCUGCGCAAAACCACCGUCUUCCAGAGCAACGAAGCUUUGUUUGAGGCAGUGGAGCACCAGGAACUGGACCUGGUCCAGCUGCUGCUGUCCCAGUACAGCCUGGAGGAGCUGGACCUCAACACGCCGAACAGCGAAGGCCUCCUUCCUCUCGACAUCGCCAUCAUGACCAACAACGUGCCGAUGGCCAAGCUUCUGCUGCGGGCCGGCGCCAAGGAGAGCCCUCACUUUGUUAGCCUGGAGGGCCGGGCGGUGCACUUGGCCACCUUGGUGCAGGAGGCCGAGCAGCGGGUGUCGGAGCUGCAGGCCCAGGUCCGCAGCGAGGGUCCCGGCGAACGAGAGGGGUCCGACCAGGAGAGGCAGCUGAAGGCCUGGGAGUGGAGGCUGCGGCUCUUCAGACGCAUGCAGAUGGGCUUUGAGCAUGCUAACCCUCCAGAUGCUCCCAGUCAAGUUCUGCUGUCUGUUAGCAGCAGCUCCAGUUUACAGGUUGACUUCCACGAACCUGCCUGCGUCAACUCCGCUGUGGUCACCAAGUACAAAGUGUGUUGGAGCGCGGCGCCUUCAUUCAGCCCCAUGCUGGGUGAAAUGAUGGUGGACGAUGCAGCGGCGCCACAGUGCAACAUCACUGGACUGACUUCUGGAACCCAUUACUAUGUGCAGGUGUCAGCCUACAACAUGAAGGGCUGGGGCCCGCCCACGCUCUCCACCCCGGCCUGCGCUGCACCGUCCAGCUGGAGGGACGUGGACGGCCACCCGCCACGCCAGAGAGGCCAGAAGGAGGCGCUGGACCAGCUGCUCGGUCAGAUCAAAGAAGCUCAUCGCCACUGCGGGUGCCACGAGCAAUGCAAAGCGCCAACACAAGGCAGGAAGCACUCUGUAUCCAAAAGCCUCCGGCAUCUCUUCCAACCCAACAGCAAAUUCGUAAAAAGCCUGAAAAGAGGUCUCUACCUGACCUCCAUAUUCUACAGAGAUGACAAUGUGCUGGUGACUCCAGAGGACCAGAUUCCUGUGGUGGAGAUUGAAGAUUCGUACUCCAGCAGCCUAAUGCAGGACUUCCUUUGGUUUACCAAGGUGUCGUACUUAUGGGAGGAGAUAUCCUGGCUCCAGCAGUGUCUCAGUCCCUCUCAGUCCUCCUGUUCAUGUACCCUGCAGACCCGUCUGAAGAUGCUGCAGGCCGUCUCCCAGCUGCAGGGAAUGCUGGGAACGCAGGACCUUGGCCAGGUGUAUUUUGAGCCCAUCAAAGACAAACAUGGCAACGCGCUGCUGGUCCUGCUGAAGGACAUGAACGCCUGCCCCAACCUGGACGGGGUGCGCUGGACGCAGCUCUGCAAACUGCAGCUGCAGCGCAAGUCCAUCUCCUCCCCCGAGGAGCCCACGGCUCUGGACACGCUCCUCAUCACGCUCCACGAGAAGUUGGCCUAUCACAGGCGCAGCAGGAAGCUCCUGUCUCCGGGUUUGUACCUGGGCUACCUGAAGCUCUGCACGUCGGUGGAGCAGAUCAGGGUUCUGGUGCCGCAGAAGCUGCCCAACGUUCUCUGUCACACCAAGAUACGGGACAACGGCAACGUGUCCAGAGAGGAGUGGCAGUGGCUGCAGGCUCUCAGCUCUCUGGAUGAAGCUCUGGAGAUGGACCAGGACGUUCAGAGCGCGCCGCAUCGCCUCUUGCACGACCUGCGCGCCGCAGUCAAGGACCUGAUGGCACACAUCAACAUCCCUGGAAACCAGGCUCAGGAUUUCCGGAUCUACAGCCAGGAAGUGUUGGAGUUUGGAGAAAAGGUGUCCUUCCUGCUGCUGCUGCCGCCUUCAGAUGACGUGUGCACGGCUCCCGGCCAGAACCAGCCGUACUCGCCCCGGUCCGGACUCCUCACGCUGCCGCUGCAGAGCUUCGAACUCGUCCACUUCAACGCGUACUGGCCCGGUUUCAUCGGCCAGUACUGCAGAGUGUCGGCGCUGCUGGAGCUGGAGUCGCUCAUGUCGCAGCAGGCUCUGCGGGAAGCGUUCUCCGAGGCCGAGCUGCUGGCCGCCAAGAAGAAGCACCAGCAGGUCCAGGAGCAAAUGCAGCAGAUGGAGGAGAUGUGGCGGGACGCCCGCUGGAUCAUGGACGCCCUGCAGUACGCCCGCUACAAGCAGCCCACAGGAGGAAUCUCCAUCAGCUGGAUCAUAGACUUCUCUAAAGAGGUUCUGCCAGACAAACCGGCCUCCACCUCGUCCCAGCCGGACUUCAUGCCUUCCCCCACGCCCUCACCAGAACCCUGCCGCAAACACUCAGAUUACCCUGGUCUGUCGGAUGAAGAGGGUUCCUCUGAAGUCUUCCUCACCACUGACAGCGACUACGACUCCAGCCGGGCGCAGAGCCCGCGUGAGCUGGACCUGCUGCCCCCGUCCCCGCUGUCCUCCUCGGCGCCCCUGGAGCCGCGCGGUUUCCUGCGCAGCGACGGCGGCGGCUCGGGGGGCCUGAGCUGCCCCGGCGGCGGCGGGCGCGGCGCCCUGAGGGACUCCACGCCGGACGUCCUCCAGGCCUCGGAGCCUCAGCUGGGGCGGGACGGCGGAGGGCGGGAAAAGCGGCGGGGCCCGCCGGAGCUGUUCGACAGCGACUUCAUCCUGCCCAGCAGGCAAAUCGAGCUGCUGCACAUCACAGAGAAGAGGCAGGCGUUCUGCGUGAGGACCAGCAGCCUGGAGUUCCCGUCCAGCACGUCGGCCCAGCAGCCGCCGCCACCCCGCUGCUCCUCCCCCUCCGCCUCACCGCAGAGCCGGUGGCACCGGCCGUCGUCGGUGGACCGCUGCUGCUCCGCCGAGCGCUGCGCGCCGCAGCGUCCGCCGGCUCGGACGCUAUCGGAGGACAGCGGCACGCAGAGACUCAACUCGCCGUCGCCGGCCGUGUUCAGGAAGGGCUGCCACGCCACGCUCAGAGUCUACCCACAGUACCGAACCGGUCUGCCCAACGAGACCAGCGUCAAGCUUUGCGUAACUUCGGUCACGACGGCCCGGGAAAUGGUCCAGCUGGUGGUGCAGGAGAUGAACGCGGUGUCUCGGCGCCUGCUGGGCGGCAGCGAGGAGCAGCAGUGUGUGUGCUACGGCCCGGAGCAGGUGAAGCACUUCGGCCUGGUCCUGGUGGUGGACAACAGGGAGAAGUGGCUGCAGGACGACUUCUGUCCCCUGGAGCUGCAGAACCCGUGGCUGCGGGGGAAACUGUGCGUUCGCAUCAAGGACUACUCUCCUCUAGCGCUCAAACACAGCCGGGCCACCACGGUGUGACGCGUAUUCAGGUUUUUAAACCUCCGCGAAUUCGGCCGUCUUUGUUGCUUCUGAGUGUUUUUAUUUUAUCAGAGAAUCUCUUUCUAUGAAAUGUGUUCUCCCCAACAAAAGAGCUUUUUUUCUACGAACAUCAGACCCUCAUAUGGACGCCAAAUGAACGCUCAACAAGAAACAAAGAAAAAAUGCUCCUACUUUCUUCAUGCUGUCAGAAAUUGUUGAGCAGAAGAUCGUGACACUGAGCAAAUCUCACAGUCUGAUGUUUGGCUGGAAGCAGCACUUUGGGCUGCGUGCGUUUCCAAAAUGGCGCAGGCUUCAUCAUCGUCAUCAUCAUGCGGUGCAUUGGGACAUUGCAGAAGAAAGGAGGAGUAAAUUUCCAUCAUAAGACUCCAAAAUGUUAAAAAUGUGCUUGGAAAAACUUUAAGACUUUUGAAAUUCAGAAUCAGAAGAGUUUUCUAGAAAAUUUCUGAGAUUACUUUCAAAUUGUUUUAAGGUUGUUGUUUUCUGGGAAUUUUGUUAGAUUAACGUAUAAAUUUCUGAGUUUUUUUUUUUUCAGGAAAAUUUCUGAGAUUCAUCUAAAAUUGUCUGAUUUUCUUUCCUAGGAACUUUUUGACCUGUGAAGUCCAGAAAUGCCCAAGAUUUAUUCUACAAAGUUUCUGAGAUUAAUCUAAAAUUUUCAGGUUUUUUCCUAGAAAAUUGUUUGACUUUUGGAGGUAUGAAAUUUCUUUGCUUUUUCUGGAAAAUUUCUGAGAUUAAUCUCCAAUUUUCUGAUUUUAUUCUCUUGCAGUUUACUUACUUUUCCGGCUCUGAAGAUUUAGUCUGGAAAAUUUUAGGUUUAUCUAAAAAAAAUUCAGAUUUUUUUUCUAGCAAAUUUUUUACUUUUCAACCUCAGAAAUCUCCAAUUUUCUCUAGAAAAUCUUUGAUCUCAAAACUUCAGAGUUUUUCGGCAGAAAUGUACUUCUAUACACUGGUCCUAGUUUGCUGUCGUUGCAUCCUGACAGCUAAACAGAAAGAGAUGCGUUAUUGCAACGUGUUCAGAGGUAAAACAUUUGACCUGUAAGCCGGUCAGAGCCGCUCUCCGUUUCUCCCAGGCCUGAUUUUUAGCAGCAAAGCAGGAAAUAAUGAACAUUAGCACAAAAUUUGGUGGUGCUGUCCUCUUUAAAGUCGACUCUAGAUAAAAUAGAUCCUAUUAAACCAGCUAAUUUUCCAAACAGGGAAAAAGAAGCAAUACUCUCCAUUAUGUUGAUUUGAAUUGAAAUAGAAAUAAUGCAAACAUUCAUUAGCUGCCAUUCUGGCCCUUUGACCUUUCAUGGAGCAUCAGUUGGAUGUUUCAAAGUUGCUUUGAUUUGAUUCUUCAUACCUCGUCAACCACGUCUCUGGGUUUGUUGCUGAUCUCUUCUCCACAUGCAUCAGGAAUGUUUUUCAGGUUUCAGGAAGUCCUGUGUUUCUGCAGAUCACAAGCAUUAAAAGCACGUCCCAGAAGAUGAGUUAAGGCAAAUAAAAGGUUCUCACCUGCCAGGUGAGGCUGUAGAAAUUCACUGGCCUUUCUGAGAAACACAUGCACAGUAAAGGUCAAACAUUGUUGUAAGAACACUUUAAGACAUUUAGAUAGUCUUCAUUUAGCAUAAAUUCACACUAGAUGGUACAAAAUGCUAAAGCUAACGGCUAAUGUGUUGGGGGUUAAGACCAAAUGGGUCUUCUGGUGUCUCCAAUCUGAAAAAUGUCACCAAGCUCUUAAAACAUCAUAUUUAGCAGUUAUUUCCCCAGAAACUAAAGAUUUUACACAUCAAACAUGGAGGUUGAAGGCGGUGCACCACCAAAAAUCUUCCAGACUAAAACACUGACAAUGGAACAUUGGAGAUUCGAUACGAGAAUCAUAUUUUAGAACAAAAUUAUUGGUGCUACAAUAAGUUACCCAACUAUCAAAAUGGAAGGGAAAAAAAUCACUUUCUAAGUUGAUCAGAAUUCCUAGGAAAUUAAAUUUUUUUGCAUUUUUAAUAUUUAAAAAUUAGAACAUGCCAUUCCCGAUAUUGAGAUUAGGGAUGCACCAAAAUAUUGGCAUCAACAUCCGAUACCAGUCAUUAACAUAUCAGUAUUGGUCCGAUAAAUAAAACUGGGCCAAUAUUUAUUUUUUAUUUGUUCCUGGUUAUUUUUUCCCCCCAAAGGUGUUGAAAUGGUAGUGAAAUCUGAAUAACACCAAAUAUUGGUUAUUGCUGAUAACAGUAAUAUGAUUCAAUAUCGGCCCAAUUGCUUUUUGCAUUGGUGCGUCCCUGAUUGAGAUGUUCAUAUAUGUCAGAUAAUUGAUCAUGUGAAACAGUAGAAACAGAUUAAACUGAGAAAAAAAACAGUUGAAUUAAAGCAAAAUAAAUUCUCCAAUCACAGAAAUCUGGUACAUAAUUUAUUCCAGAUGUUUGAUUCUUAAAGAGAGAGAGAAAAAAUUGAAGUGUAAUAAAAGUAUCUGCUAAAUUGAAACUGUUAUCUUUUCAGAUGCAUUUUUUAAUUUAAUUCAAAUUACUUUAGGUAUGAGUUUUUAUAUUAGGUAUUAAUAAAUAUUUGUUUACAGUUCUGGCUCCUCUAACAGAUCUUCCUGCACAAACCAGCCAAACAUUCCCUUUUUAACAUAUCACAGCAUUAUGUUACAUUUCAUUAUUCCAGCUUCUUUGACUAUUUUUUGCAGCAGAUGAAAUUAUGUUCUGCUCCAAAGUUACUCCUUCAGGCUCAGCAGCGUUUAUUACUGUAAAUACAAUGUAGCAUCGAGUUUAUUGACUCGGUUACUGUAGCAUGUUGAACCUGCUAGCGGGGCGCUAACAGACGCGUCCUCACUGUUUACAGAGCUGACCUUUCUUACACAUUUACAGACAUGUUUUACAUGUAAACUGUUGUAUAAAGAUGUUCUAAUGCGUCGUAACUGGUUUUACUGAUGGCUCCCGCUCUCGUGUUCGCGCUUAGAUGUCCUCUUUAUUCGUGUUCUGUUUUUUUUUUUUUUUCGACGGCCAUCUGCAAAGACAAAUGACUCAAACUGAACCGAGGAGAUCAGGGGAUGAAUGUACUGUAUCUGCCCUCAAUGUGAAGCUAACCAGAGAUGGGAGGGGGGGCUGUGACCACUGGAGAUGUCAAAGGUCAGUGACAUUACGGGCUCUGAAAUGAGGGGAAAAGAAGGUUUUGAAUUCCCUUUCUGGUGUGGUAAAAAUACAGCCCUGCGUUUACAAGGAACUGUUGGUGGAUCCAUCAGGCAAAGUCAUGAAGGAGACAUCACGUCACUUUUUUAAAAUUUAUUUUUAUUGAACAAUAAAUGAAUAUUA